CGUCCAUCUUGAAUACAGUAAGCCGACGGUGACUGACAGCAACAGAGAGGGAAAUCGCGAUAAAUUGAGUUCCGACCGCUCUAAAAAGUCAAUCGACCGCGAACACCGGGACAAUACAUAUUGAAGGAUUACAUGUAGUGACAUUAUCUGUCAAUUCCGUCUCAUUUCUGGCGUCAUGCUCUCGACGGGGCUGAUGAAGUUAUUUCGGAGGCUGUAACGUUAUGUGCUAAGCUUUAUUCAGCCGUCGACAUGUCUUAGUUUAAAACGACUGUUUGUUUUAACUACCUACCUUAGCAGUUCUGGAGAAGCUUUGUGAGGUCGGGAAUUGCAGGUUUGAGUCAUUAACACCAGAAGGGAAUGUGGAUAUAGCGCGUUUGGCCAUAUUUAAGUCCUCCACUGUCAACUUGAGCUCGCGCGUGCGCUGAAUCGUGCGCGUGACCCCAUUUAUUUCACUUUAUCUAUGAUCUGUUGUACUACAUAUAUUAUAUGUAAGCAUUAAGCAAAGUGAGCGUGAUGCGGAAACAUCGUUUAGGGAUGUUAAUUCCAUUUUUAUCCCCGUAAAUGUGCAUGCAUGAUUUAGUGUACUACCAUAGACUUUCCAGGUGCUUUGGAGGCAUUUAUCUGCUUGACAUUUUAGUUCCUUUGCAUUAACAACAAUAUUUUUAGCUAUAUAUUUUAUGGCGGGUUCUAUGCAUAGGUUGUCCAGUUGUGCUGAUCACUGGGUUUGGGAGCUGGCCCAUUUACUGAACGAGUUUAUUAAACGAGCUCGUUUAUUCUGAGCGCGCGGCAGGGCAACAUUACAGUAUUCGUACGCAUUGGAAUUUCCUCGUUAUUGAUGUGAGUUUUAAAGCAAACUGCAUGGACAGUCAUAGAUCACUUUAUUUCUAAAAGCUCGUCUGCUUUGAAUGAACUAUCACCAGUGUACACUUUAAUGCCGUUUCUAAAUCGCCGAAUUUGAGGACUAUAAGCUGGCAUUGGAUUUUUGCACUGCCAUAUAUCCCUGACUCGGUGACAUGGAUGUGUUUCACUGACUGCUGAUCAGUGGUUCGAGGAGAAACUUGAAUGCAAAGACUUUUGGAUUUUGUAGGGCAAGACAGAAGAUUGAAAAAUGGGACCUGCAACAAAGCUGGCUUUUGGAGUGUUCCUCAUUUCCUGCUCCUCAGGUGCCAUUCUCGGCCGAUCAGAGACACAAGAGUGUGUGUUCUACAACUACAACCCCAGCUCAGAGAACCGAGGAAAUCGCAGCGGUAUUGAGUCUUGCUUGGGAGAGAAGGACAAGAGGCUUCAUUGCUUCGCAACUUGGCGAAAUGUGUCAGGAUUGGUUGAAAUAGUAAAGCAAGGCUGCUGGCUUGAUGAUGUCAACUGCUAUGACAGGUACUUUCAUGCCCCACGGCUGCGUGUGACCAUUCGGCCGGCUGAGUGGGGGAAGGGUGGAGUAGGGUUGGAUGAGACAACAUCUAACCCCUUCACCCAGAAGCCACCACUGUUCAGUACCCUUCUGUACUCCAUCGUGCCCAUCAUGGGCAUCACAGCCAUUGUCCUGCUCUCCUUCUGGAUGUAUCGACAUCACAAGCUGGCGUAUCCACCUGUUCUGGUGCCUACCCAGGACCCUGGACCCAUGCCGCCGUCUCCCACCCUGGUCCAGAAGCCUCUGCAGUUGUUGGAAAUCAAAGCUAGGGGGCGCUUUGGCUGUGUGUGGAAAGCUCAGCUGCUCAAUGACUAUGUGGCAGUGAAGAUUUUCCCUAUUCAGGACAAGCUGUCAUGGCAGAACGAGUAUGACAUUUACAAUCUCCCUGGCAUGAGGCAUGAAAAUAUUCUGCAGUUCAUUGGGGCAGAGAAGAGAGGAAGCAAUCUGGACAUUGAGCUGUGGCUCAUCACAGCUUACCAUGAAAAGGGCUCCCUGACGGACUACCUAAAGGCAAACGUAGUGACGUGGAAUGAGCUGUGUCACAUCGCUCAAACCAUGGCUAGGGGCCUGGCUUACUUGCACUCUGACUUCCCCGGACACAGAGACGGCCACAAACCAGCCAUCGCACACAGAGAUAUUAAGAGCAAGAACGUGCUGCUGAAGUCUAAUCUGACGGCCUGUAUAGCUGACUUUGGUCUGGCUUUGAGGUUUGAGGCAGGAAAGUCAGCUGGGGACACACAUGGGCAGGUGGGAACCAGACGUUACAUGGCCCCGGAGGUGUUGGAAGGGGCCAUCAACUUCCAGCGAGAUGCUUUCCUCAGGAUAGACAUGUAUGCGGUGGGACUGGUGCUGUGGGAGCUGGCAGCCCGUUGCACUGCGUCUGAUGGUCCAGUGGACGAGUACAUGCUUCCGUUUGAGGAGGAGGUGGGCCAACACCCCACUCUAGAAGACAUGCAGGAGGUGGUGGUCCACAAAAAGCUUCGGCCCACUCUCAGGGAGUGCUGGCAGAAACAUUCGGGUCUGGCCAUGCUGUGCGAGACUAUAGAGGAGUGUUGGGACCAUGAGGCUGAGGCGCGUCUCUCCGCGGGAUGCGUCGAGGAGCGUGUGAUCCAAAUGCAGCGGCAGACCAGCGUCUCCGCCCUGGAGGAAAUAGUCACCGUUGUAACAAUGGUGACCAACGUGGACUAUCCCCCUAAGGAGUCCAGCCUAUGACUGGAGGAUAUCAGCGUGUGAAUUGCGGGCUGACCGAACAGAAAAGAUGCGUUGGGGAUGGUGGUGGACUGCAGUUAUGACGUCUGGCUUCAGACAUGCUGGAUAAUCGACCUGUACUUACGGCUGGAGCAAAUGCAGACAAUGCAUUUUGUGCCGAAUCUGGGUUUAAUACAGGUUUACCUGGAGCCAGCUACGUUAUUGUAUGUGUUGUGUAUAUAUAAACUAGUACCACGGGGCGCUCUGGUAAGGACGGAUGGAUUAUAAGCCGACAUCAAAAACGAACCUCUUUGUUGUCGUUUCUCUGCUCUGAGAAUAAACUUUCCCAUUCAAGGAGUAAACGAGACUCCUCCUCCGCACGGCGCUUGUGUCAUUUCAGUAUAAAAAAGGGCAACGUCCAUGUAAAAAAAGACACAUUUAAUGUGUACGUAUGAAUGACUAUUGUAAUGCCAAUAAGAAACAGCUUUUUGAAUGUGUAGUGUGACGCUGCUGUACAGAUAUCAACAGAAAGGGUGACGAUACAACCCAAAUCGACACGUGUUUCCUCUGAAAGCUUUCAGAGUUUCUGUCAGAUAACCACCAACCUCUCGACAAGGUAUACCUCAGUUUCUCAUCCUAAUAAUAAGUUUGUUUUGUAACACUAUAUGAUAUAAAAAAGAGGCUUUUCGAUGACCUCCAUUUGGCACGGAAGCUUUUUAAAUACGGGGAAAACUUUUUUUAUAUGACAGAUUAUGCCAAGAAACGAUGGCCAUUCAUAAACCAGUGUUCUGCCUUCUUUCUUUUAGUUGUUCUCUGUGUUGCCCUGCUGUUUAAAAUGUGACUUUUGUUCUUUUAGCAUUGUGACCGUUUGUUUGUUAAAACAAAUUUUGACCUUUAUCAAGACCUGUUGAGAAGAAAAAAUCCCUGAAAAUAUGAAUUUUGUGAAAAUAAUACAGAAGCACUUACCAAUA